CCUAAUGCUAAUUUGACAGGCCGGGUUUGCAUACAUCUGUGGUUUGCAUUUGCUUUUAAAAAGAAAGCAUGGUUUAGCAUGGGAUGGAUUUAUUCGUUUUAAUAGCUAAUUGUUAAACUUGUUCACGAGAACGAUUCAUAUGUGUUUGUUAUUCUUCGCCACGAAAAAUGUCACACUCCGAGAUAUCCUGUGGUUUAGAUUACAAUAUAACACCAGAUUUGCAAGCAUGUCUUACUGAAGCACUACAUUGUAAUUAUUCUUUUAUUGUUGCGCCGAUAGUUCAUCCACGUUUCCGUAGACAGUACAUUGCGGGUGCUAGUAAAACUGGCGGGUUUACCCGAUCGGAUAUGAUCUUAUCCCCUCAGGACUGGACUAUCAGGCUAGUCGGAAAACUAUCUCCUUACUUGAAUGUAGAUUCACCAUCAUCUACAGUAAAACAAAAACAUGAGAACUGUUUGAAUGAGGAGCUCUCGUAUUGUAGAGGUCUUGGAGUACCUGCAAUUAUGUUAACAUUGCAUGGACACCAAACUAAAAACCUUGCCAGAAUUCUUCAAACUUAUUAUGAAAACAGUUACCACUUGUCUCUCACAUGGGCACAUGUUCCAAUGGUUUGCAAUAGAACACUUAGAGUGUCUGCAUGCAGCAGUACUGAUGAUGAAGAGGCAGCUUGGAAUGAACCUUGGCAUUGGUGGUCAAAGUUUCAUGAGAGAAUGGACUGGGAUAAGCGUGUAGGAGUAGUCCUGGAGCUCUCUGCUGAUUUACCAUCACAGGAAAUUAUAAAAAGAUGGCUUGGUGAGCCAGUUAAAGCUAUUAUUGUGCCUACUAGUAUAUUCCACAAUAAUAAGAAAGGUUUUCCAGUAUUAUCCCGAGCGCAUCAGCAAGUUGUUGUGAGCAUGGUGGAGCGAGAGGCUCAAGUUAUAGUCAGUGGUGCCCGGAGAUCCAAUAUCCAAUUCUACCUACAAUAUUUAUACAGAAUAUGGAAAAGGAGGCCAAACCCAGCUGAUGAUCCAAUGCUGAGUUAUGCCAAGGGGUGGGAAGAUUAUUUACAAACACCUCUACAACCUCUUGCUGACAACUUAGAUACCCACACAUACAACGUAUUUGAGAAGGAUCCUGUAAAAUAUGAUCAAUAUCAAAAGGCAAUAGCACAUGCACUUAUAGAUCUAAAAACAGCAGACAUGCAGACACUUAUUGAAAAUAAUUUGCCUACUGAUAUGUCCCUAUCAGACAGCCAUACUAAUGAAAUGGGACAAGGAGAUCAUGCUAGAAAUGACAGGGUGUAUACUGUGAUGGUGCUAGGAGCUGGCCGAGGUCCACUGGUCAGGGCGGCUUUAAAUGCUGCUGAUGUCACUAAAACUAAAGUGAAGGUAAUAGCUGUGGAAAAAAACCCAUGUGCUGUAGUGGUGCUAGCGGCGCAGGCGCGGGAGGUAUGGCGCGGCCGCGACGUAGUGGUGGUGCCCGGGGACAUGCGCCAACUCAAUUUGUCGCCAAAGGCUGACAUCAUUGUCUCAGAAUUGUUGGGUUCCUGGGGUGACAAUGAGUUGUCACCAGAAUGUCUGGAUGGCGCAGCUGGUUUGCUAAAACUGGGUGGUAUAUCGAUACCUUGCAGAUAUAACUCUUAUGUCGCCCCAAUAUCUUCACCGCGACUCUGGGCCGCGGCGAAAGUAGCUUCAACAGGAGCCACCGUAAUCUCGAAAGAUAAAAAUCUUGAAACAUUAUGGGUUGUAUACAUGCAGAAUAAACAUGACAUUGCUGAAACAAAGUUGGUAUUUACUUUCAACCAUCCAGCGAAGAGUGUGACAGAUAGUGAGGGUCAAGAAAUAUCGGAUUUUAGAGGGUUACCAAUCACAGACAACAGAAGGUCUGCUACACUGUCCUGGGAAGUCAAACAGGACAAUGUGAUGCACGGUUUUGGAGGAUACUUCGACUGCUUAUUAUAUGGAAACGAGAUGAUUAGCAUAUUGCCUGCCACACAUAGCCCAGGAAUGAUAUCUUGGUUCCCAGUUUUUAUCCCAAUCAAGACACCCCUGCGAGUAGAGAAAGGACAAGUGAUAACUGCCACAUUUUGGAGAUGUGUGGAUUCUCGAAGAGUAUGGUAUGAGUGGAUUGUAGAAGUUGGAAAGCACACCACUCCCCUCCACAAUGCCAAUGGCCGAAGUUCUCAAAUGUUGUUAUGAUUUAAAACAUACUUUAAU